UUAUUUUGUUGUUGGACAGACAUGGAGACUCACGUUCCCCAUGUGAAUAAAGAGGAAAACGAAGAUCCAGGUGCUGCUCCUUAUGGAAACUUCAUCAAUUAUUACACCUUCAACCCGCCAGAGAAUCGCCUGAGUCUGAUACCAGAAACUCUGCUGGAAGGCAUCGAACUCGGCUCUGAACGCGUUUUAAUACUGGACGUGGGAUGUAAUUCAGGGGACUUGUCUGUUGCUCUCUACAAGCAUUUCUUGCAUGAGGAGGUCUCUGGAAGUGACUUUUCUAAAAGAGAAAUGUAUCUGCUUGGAUUUGACAUGGACCAGGAUUUAAUCCUUCGCGCGCAAAACUCCAACCCCUUUCCCCAGAAUAUCCAGUUUAUCCCCCUGGAUAUCACAGAUGAUCCAGAGAGCCGGGCAGUGCUAGAGUCCUACUUGGGAAGGUUUGGCUGCCCCCGCUUCCACCUGUGCACCUGUUUUGCGGUGACUAUGUGGGUGCAUCUGAAUCACGGAGACGCAGCGUUUCUGUCUCUCCUCUCCAGACUGGCGUCUCUCUGUGAGUUUCUGCUGCUGGAGGCACAGCCGUGGAAGUGUUACCGCUCCGCUGCGCGCCGGUUACGCAAACUGGGGCGCAGUGACUUUGACCACUUCAAGACCCUUGAGAUUCGAGGGGACACGGCUGCGCAUGCUAGAGAGCACUUGGAAAAGCGGUGCAGCAUGGAUCUGGUGCAGAGUUUCGGUAAUACAACAUGGGACAGAAGUCUUCUGCUCUUUAAAAGACGAUGAUUUGGAGCAAAACAGUCGGACAGAAGUUUUAAUCAGUCAAGAUCAGUCUACAGCUGUGGACUAUGGACUGACACUUGACUGUAACCCUAGUCUUGUAGACUAUGAUUCUAUUUAGCAACCACAAGAGGGCACUAUGUAUGCGUUGCCAUUUUUAUUUUACAUGUUUUUUAGUAACAGUAUAUCUAAUUGACAGAUACAAGUGAGUAUUAUUAAGAAGAAGAAGAAUGUGUUUGUCCCCUGGAUUAUAUUUAUAUUUCUAAAUUAACAAUUGCAGACAGAUGGAUAUAGUCAAUAUUUAACUGCUU